AUGGCUUCGAUUGCUGCUGGACGAUCGGCGUGCGAAAUUAUUGGGAUCGUGACAGGAUGCAGCGAAAGACAUGCGGUGGUAUGGAUUGAGAGCGAAAAACGCGAGGAAAAAAUACAGCUUGUUGAUUGCUCCGAGAAUAUCCGACUUGGUGACUGGCUCGAUCUUACAAUACCACGUGAAAUCCGUAAAAUCGAACCUCGCCUGGAGACACGAGUACUGGAAAAUGGAAUUGUUCAGGUAUUAACUGAGGUGAAAUAUGAUGGUUCUUCUGAGAAGAUUGGUCACGGCACUGUGAUGGAUUCGCGGCAUUUCGGUCGGGUGGCUAUGUUUGUUCCAGUAUUAACUGAGGUGAAAUAUGAUGGUUCUUCUGAGAAGAUUGGUCACGGCACUGUGAUGGAUUCGCGGCAUUUCGGUCGGGUGGCUAUAAUCCCGUCGGAGGAGCGUUGGUACGAGAAAGUGAGUGGCGUUUAUUGGUUCGUAUCACCUGACCAAAUACUUCACAGGGGUUUUUCGAAGCGAAAUGGUUGGAGAAACGAAGCAGAUGAGGAAUCGUGCGAAGAAUGCUAA